AUGGAGUUACAAGGAAUUGCCAUCCAACGGUCAAGAAAUUAUUGCGAGUUCACAGGAGGUGCCAUCCAACUGCCAGGAAUAACUCAGGAGUUAGCCGGAGGUGCGCGACGGAGACGAGGUGCUGGGAUUGUUCCUGCAGCGACGGCCAAUGCUGACGUGGCGUCUGGAACAGGGAGGGAGAAGGCAGGACGCGACGCGAUCCGACGUGGCAUGCAGCUGUUUAUCGAGAACGAGGUGGAGGCGUCACUAGCUGAAUUCGAGGCCGCACUGGAGCUCGACCCCUCCCAGAUCCCCUAUUUAUGGCAGAGAGGGCUUUCACUCUUCUACCUCAACAGAUUCGCAGAAGCAUCACAGCAGUUUCGUGCAUGCAUUGCAGCAAACUCAAGAGAUGCUGAAGAAUCCAUCUGGUGUUUUGUCUCAGAAGCCCGAGAAAGCAUGCCAGAGGUUCCUCGGGACCCAGGCAAGGUGCUACGAGCAGCAUACGACAUGUUUAAGACGGGUGCUGACCCCUUGUUGGUGUUGGCAGCAGCAGGGGAUGACGAGGGGGGGUCAUCAGCCUUCUAUGCUCGGUUAUACGUCGGCCUCUUCUUUGAGAUCAUGGGCGAUGAGGCCACGAGUAGGAAGUACAUCCAAUCUGCAGCUGCAACCGAAUAUGCAUGCAGAUCGUCAGACUACAUGGCAGCAGUGGCGCGGGUGCAUUGCUUGAGACGACAGUGGCAAACCUGCUCUACCCUUCCUCCCUCCUGCGCCUCUGCUCAUCUUCUUCCCUCACCCCGUCCCACACAGAUCGUCAGACUACAUGGCAGCAGUGGCGCGGGUGCAUUGCUUGAGACGACAGUGGCCACUCCCACCCUCUCACCGCUCGAGUAG